AAGCAAACAAGGAAGCAACAAAAAGGAACCUGUUGUGCACAGAAGGCAGUGGAAUGAAGAUACGCCGCGAAUACAAAUUCCAUAAUGAACACCAAAAUAAACCAUGAAUAUGCUUCUAAUUCAUAUAACGGAGGUAUUAUGGGAAAUGAUAGCCCAGGUGCAUUAUUAGAUAUGCUUGCAGAAGUUGCAUCUCAGACGUUACAUUCAGAGAAAAAGCGUAGUAAAUUAUUACUACCAGCACAAUGCAAGUCGAAAACAGAUUAUGUAAAAAGAAAAACUCACGAAUUAACCUUUAAUGUGCCACAGCUUCUCUCUAUGCCUGCAUCACAAUUAGUUAAACAAUUUUCUAUUUUCACAAGUGAUGAAUUAAAAAGGCAAUACUCAUAUACAUGUGCUCUUGUCAUUGGAUGUGUACAAAAAUAUACUAGUUUUGCAAGCGAAGGAAGAGCAAGAAUGUCUAUUAAAGCACAUUUAGCAGAACAUUUAGAAUAUUUAAAAACUAAUAAAGAAGCGUAUAAAACUUUUACUGCAAAGUCAGUAAGUUACAAAAAUUAUAAAAUUAGUCCUCAAAGUAAGAAAAGCAGAUUGCAACAAUCAAGGAAACCGCAGGAAACAUUAAAUAAAGAAAAUAAGAAUGUUAUUACAGAAAAAUCAACAAAUUACUUAAGAAAUAUUCUGUUAAAUGAUUCUACUUUUAAUGAGUUGGAUAAAAAGAAAAAUGUUGAAACAGUAGAAAAUUCUAAAAAAAUACAUAAUUCUGAACAGAAAGAUAUAGAAAGAAUGGAUUUUAAAGUUCUUGGAGAUCAUAGUUAUUUUGAACGCUUAAAAGAUGAAAUUCCUAGCAAGAAAGAAACAUCACCAUUUAACAAUUCUCUUGAAAAUGUGACAGAUGAAAAUAUUGUACUUAUGGUUGUUGGUACUGACAGUGUUCAUAUGAAAGAAUAUCCACGUAUUAAUAAAAAAUUGUCAGAAAAAAUGAAUCAAAAAUCUGAUACCGUUUAUUUGCCAGAAAUAUCAUGGUCAACUGAAAAUGGUAACAAAAAUACAGAAAUUAUAACUAGUAAACCCAAAGGGAAAGCAAAAUUUAUAGGUACUAGUAAAGAGGAAAGAGAAAUGGCAUUAGCUUUUAUGGAUCGUAUAAAGAAAAAGGGAAAUCCAACUGGAAGUAAUCUCGAAUGUCGAAUUUGUAAUCCACCACGAAGUUUCACAGCACCUACAACAUUGGUGUCUCAUUAUCGCAGUCAUGCUGGAAUAAAACCAUAUGAGUGUCGUAUAUGUAGAGCAGUUUUUACGAGAAGACAUAGCUUGAAAUAUCACAUGUUAAUUCAUCAAAAUCAAACGCGAUUUACAUGCGCUGAUUGUGGAAAGAAAUUUAGGCAUCCAUCACAUUUCAGAGAACACAGACGUAGACACACUGGUGAAGCACCAUUUGGAUGUGAUGAUUGUGGACAACGAUUUAAAACAAGAAACACUUACAAACGUCAUUUAAAAACAAGACAUGGAAAAGUUCUAACAACUACUGGAGAGUUGCUGUAUCUGUCAGAAGAAGAUUUUCAAAAGGUUCGAACUAAUAGAAAGAAAAAGAAUAAUACAAAUAAAGAUCACAUGAUAGAUGAGGGCAUAAUUGCAACAAAAACAAUCAUGCAUUGUCAAAAUGAUAAUGAUCAAUUACAAAAUACUGCAACUGAGGAAUAUAUUAUAAAUAAUGAUACCACUGAUAGUGAUAAAAAUUGGAAAUCAAGUGAUACAAUACAAAUUAUUAAAAAUUGUUUUGAAACUUACGAGGUGUGUUCAGAACCUCAUUUAAAUAAGACUGAAUCGAUAGAGACUGAAUUAUCUAUAAAAAAUAGAGUUUUUAAUAAAGACGAAAAUAGUUUAUCAGAUGAAUAUGCAGAUAAAGUAGAAGAUAAAUUGCCACAGUUGCAAAGUGGUUCUUAUAUUAAGUUAGAAAUAGUUAAAGAUGGAAAUAAUCAAAUCAUAUGUCAUGAUAAUGUUGGUCAACCUGAAAUAAUUUAUCAUAAUAUAAAUGAAGCACCAUCAUAUAUUAAAGUAGAAUAUAGCAACUUAGUUAAUGAUUUAGAAAAUGAGAAUAGUAUAGAAUUUCAAGAAAAUUUUAAAUUCUCUGAAAAUCAAAUUAAGAAUCCUAUACAAAUAAUUAAUGAAACUGAAAAUUAUUUUGAUGAAGAAUCCAAUAAUUCUGUAAGUGAACAAACAAAAUUAAUGCAAGUAGAUACCCAUAUUAAAACGAAGAACAAAGAUAGCAAUAAACAUAUAAUACUUAGUCAAGAACAUAUCAAAUAUGAAAAAGAAAAUAGUGAUAUUACUACUCUUAAUUGCAAACCUUUUCAAGAACUGGAGACCCAUGAGAUUGUUUCAGAAGACUUAAUAGAUUUAAAUACAUUGCAAGGAAUUAAUCAAAUUACUAAUAAAACAAUAUCAAUUACGGAUACCUUAGCGAACCAAAAUGAAGAUUAUUUAUUACAAGAAGAUAAAAAAUUAGGCAAUUAUCAAACAGUUAUAACAAAUUUGAUAAAGAAUCGAGUGAUUGCAUCUCCAAAUUAUGUUUUUGAAAAAGAUCAAAAGUUAUUAAACCAAGUUGAGCAACGCUUAUAUAUUCAUAAUGAACCUUUAACUAGUAUAAUAGUACAAAAUAAAUGCAUUAAUAUAUUUCCACAAACUCAAUCAAAAACACAAUUAAAUAAAAGUAAAAAAUUUACACUCUUGAAUAAACACAUGCAAGCUAUUAAUGUAAAGCAAAAUGAAAAUCAAAAUACAAUUUUAUUGUUGACCGAUAAUAUGUUACAAAAUAAUAUCCUUAAAAUCGAUCAAAAUAAUACUGCUGAUACUGAAAUUAAAGAACAGAUAUUUGAGAAAAGUAAGUAAGCAUUAAAAGUUUUUUUAAUUUUUUUGAAUCAGGCAUUCGCAUUAAAAAAGAUAUAAUUUUAAGAUAAAUUCCCUAUUUCUAUAGAUACAGUUUUAAUAAAAAUGCACUUGUAGUAUAAAUAAUACUACAAUAACGUUUUGAAUUUUUGUAUAUGUAAAUAUUGUUAGAAGAAGUG